AGAAAUAUGGGAAAGGUCUGACAUUAAUGACAGUGGAAGAUGCAUUAAAUUACAGUAUAAUACUUUGAGUUGGACAGACUGAGGAAAAGCGAACCGUUCUGUACACGUUAGAGACAGUUGCACGGGCGGAAAAAUGGUCUGGAAGGAGAUUGCAGCACCACUUCAGGCUACCACCCACCUUCCAGUGAUCUUGCAGCUCCAAGUUCGAAGGCUGCCGACUGUGUUAUGAUCCUCUGUUGUUGCAGCUCGGGGUUGAUCGGAAACCAUACCUCUCGCUAAACUUUGAGAGUGUGCUCACUAUUCUUAUUUUUUUCAAAGCCGUUCCAGUUGGGUAAUUGGCCGAGCUAAUGUCUCUUUUGGAGAGGCUUUCUGGAAAUUAUGGACGAAGCGUUGGCAGAGGAGAAAUCCAGUCCUUAGUAGGACAUGUUCCAGAUUCUGAGACACCUCUGUCACAGCACAGCACGUUUUUGUCGGGAGGAGAUGAUUGUAGACACGAAGCCCGGUUGUCAGUGCUAAUUGAAGGAAACUGCGAUUCGCUAGAACCCACAGAAGUGCAUGUUCAAAAUUUUGCACUCCCAGUCGACUCCGAGCACAAGGCGACAAGAAUAAAGCUGCAGUUGGUGGCAGCACCCCACAUGCGAGCCUUUCAUUUGUCAUGGAUUUCAUUGAUGACCUGUUUCUUCUCGACAUUUGCUGCGCCACCCCUCAUGCCUGUCAUCCGUGAUAACCUGGACCUGACAAAGCAAGACAUAGCAAAUGCGGGAAUUGCAUCUGUUUCCGGAUCCAUCGUGUCUCGUCUUGUCAUGGGAACGAUAUGUGAUCUGGCUGGUCCUAGGCACGGUAGUGCAAUUCUUAUGAUGUUAACUGCCCCUGCGGUGUUUGUCAUGCCUCUAGUGACCACUCCGGCAGGGUUUAGUCUAGUACGCUUCGGCAUAGGUUUCGCUUUGGCUACUUUUGUGAGCUGCCAGUUCUGGAUGAGUUCAAUGUUCAGCAGCAAGAUCGUUGGUCUAGCUAAUGGAACAGCCGCUGGUUGGGGAAACUUGGGAGGAGGGGUGACACAACUUGUCAUGCCCUUAAUAUAUAAUCUUAUUCGCCUCAGAUUCGGAGCUGAAAACUUCGUAGCAUGGCGUCUGUCAUUCUUCGUGCCUGGAGUCAUGCAGACUGUGAUGGGGCUCCUUGUCCUGAUUCUUGGCCAGGAUUACCCCGAUGGAAACUACGCAGAUCUCAAAAGAUCGGGGAAGAAAGUCAACGAUAGUUUCCGAAAGAUAUUAUUCCAAGCGAUGUCGAACUACCGUACAUACAUAUUCGCAAUUUCUUAUGGUUACUGCUUCGGUGUGGAGCUGACAGUCGACAACAUCUUAGCAGAAUAUUUUUACGACCGCUUCGACCUUGACCUUCACAUCGCGGGUAUCAUCGCAUCCGCCUUUGGUCUGAUGAAUACUUUUUCCCGUCCUCUUGGAGGCAUCCUUUCCGAUAUGAUGGGUUACAGGUAUGGGAUGAGAGGAAGGCUCUUCAUAUUAUGGACAGUCCAAAGUGCAGGCGGUAUAUUUUGCAGCAUCCUUGGGCUCACCAGUCAACUAGGACCAUCCAUAGCUGUCAUGCUGCUGUUCUCAUUCUUCGUUCAAGCUGCUUGCGGGUGUACAUUUGGAAUUGUCCCUUUUGUUUCCCGACGAUCUCUGGGCAUGAUUUCUGGCGCCACUGGAGCCGGCGGCAACGUAGGAUCUAUGGUGACGCAGCAUCUGUUCUUCAUGAGCUCUAGCUAUUCCACGGAGAGAGGGCUUACGCUUAUGGGAUUCAUGACUGUAAUCUGUACAUUACCAAUUGUGUGUUGCUACUUCCCCCAAUGGGGAGGUAUAUUUUGUGGACCUUCCGAAGGUGAAACAGAAGAAGAUUAUUAUUCUUUUGAAUGGAGCCUUCAUGAGCGACAAAAAGGUCUCCAUCAAGAAAGUUUGAAAUUCGCUGAAAACUCCAGGUCUGAAAGAGGAAAGAGAUUCGUGUCGAAAUGUACUCCUUCUGGUAACACUACGUAGAAAUGCAUUGGCUCCUAGACAGUGCCAUUUGGGUACACCCUGCCUCUCAUGUAAGAAUCCACACCCUAGUUGUUUGCUUCCGGGGAACAUUUGCUUCGUCACAUUUGAGGACAGGAAAGACCAAAAUCCCAUCCAGUCGAUCUAAUGUUUGUGUUUGCCGGUGACGCGGUAUUUAUAUUCGAAA